CGUGUUUCCAUCGGGUGUUCUUCGUGCGGACAACUUUUAUUACUUCCAGGUCUUCAAAGAAAAUGUUUUUGCUAGCGCUUGCAGCUUGCGGCCUUGUCGUUCUGGCGCUAGGCAUCGCUGUCGCCACCGGUGCUUUGCAGUCCAGUUCGAAUGAUGGAGAGAUUGAUGGGGACCUAGCUGACACGACCUUCGAUUCAAAUUACGACAACGUUCCGUCCAACCCUCCAACGACGACCACUACGACGACGACCACUACGACAACGACAACCACUACGACAACGACAACUACAACGACGACGACCACUACGACAACGACAACGACGACGACGACGACGACGACAACAAAGCCUCCCCUUCCGGAGAAGCCCAUCGCUUGUGUUGGGUACUGGACAGACAAAGCAAUCUUUCCACCGGAUGGCCUUUGCAACAUCCUGUUAUUUACGCAAUGGUCGCCUUUCCCAACUUCCGAAUCACUGUUUGCACAGUAUCGUGGAUUUACUCGGAGCAGUUAUUGGACGAAACACGGGAUAGACAUAGAGGCAUCCAAUGCUGCCAUCGCAUACCAACAGCUAAAUUCCCCAAGCGGUAAGGAGGCGAUGCGGACGUACUGGAUGGAUAAGAUAACAGUGUACUCCACAUUUGACUUGGACCUGAGAACGUCCACAACUAGCGCGCAGAUCAGCAAUAUCAUCAAUCUACUGAAGAGAAUCUCUUCGCUUCAAGAAGAAUUCAGGGGAUACAGACAAGACUAUGGGUACAUUUUGUUCGGCGCCGCGCCCCUGUUCGAGGGGAAUACUGGCGGUACUGUUAUGAACGCUUUAAAGGGCAAGUUCCAGUGGGUGAUAAACGAAGCGAAACCUGAUUUGGUGCUCUACCGGACAGCAUUCCUAAAGGAGCUAACAGGAUCAAACGCCUCCACUUGCCAUGAAACCGGCCAUACUGUGUGGGAAGACUCUCCUCAGGCCGACUAUCAAGCGUCAUUCGUUGAAGCCAUCGCAUUCAGAAAGCAGAUCAGCUUGACGCCAAGAACGAGAGAGGCGCUAGCGUUUCACAUGGGAGGUCGCUGGAUGAAUUUUGUAACAGACACUUUCUCGACGGCUCAGCUCAAGACACCGCUGGUGAUACCGAGCAACCACAUAUGCGCUUUGAGUCACACAGAACCGACUCUUCGCUACCUCUGCUUAGAUCCCCAGGACGGGAACCCGAAGAGGUUCACCGAUUAUCAUUGCCGUGACAUAUCACAGGACGUCGUGGACCACAAGAGAGUGUUACGGCUAAUGCGUUUUCAGAUAUACUGGGUGCUUGCCAUUGACACAAACCUCACAAUGAGGAUUAAGAUGUGCAAGGCAAGAAAGCAAGGAUUUCAGGGCGGCUACGUCAUGUUCGGUUUGCAGUAUAUUAUCGCUCACGGCGAUUUAGAAGCGAACCUCUGCGAUGACCCCUACAGUGAAGGCUACAGGGAUAUUCACCACGUCAAGGACUAUCUGAAUGACAAUUUCAAUGCGUGCCCAUCAUUGCAGAAUUGGAGAAAACGUCCCGGAGACUGCUGAAUUCCGGCUCUGACCGGCUCUGACAUUCAUUUUUGACAUGCUUCACACGCGAAGAAAUCGAGUACGUGCCCGCUCACAACAUGCGCUUGCUAGAGAAUGAUAAAAUUAAUUCCCUCUUGUCUCUAGUCUA